AUGUCACCAAUUGCCCCCGAGGUCUCAGUUGACGCUCACUCGGACCCCAAACAGGGGUCUCUUGAUGAGAAAGCCGCGGUCAGUGUGGCGGCAAAAGGCGAGGCGACCACUAGCGAUGAAGACGACCGAGAGAGCGAAGAUGUCAUUAUCGUGACCGGUGCCGAUGCAGCGCGGCACUUGCUGCCUCUGCGGGAUGACUUUGACAGUGCCCUCACCCUUCGCAGCAUCGUGCUAGCUUCGGGCUUUGCGUGUUUCCAGGCCGUGAUGAACCAGAUCUACCAGUUCAAACCCACCUUGGUUACAAUCACAGGAACCUUCAUCGUGUUGCUUUCCUACUUUGUCGGGAAUGCCUGGGCCAAUCUGUUGCCCCGCGGCGAUAAGCUUGAGGCUCGCUGGAGGGCGAAAGGUAAUCAAGGAAAGCUUCCAGUUUGGCUAUCAGUUGUCAAAUUCAUAAAUUACGGGCCCUGGUCAUUGAAAGAACACUCGAUAUGCGCGAUCACUGCAGCAUCUGCCUCCAACGUUGCCGCGGCUUCAACCGUCUUUGCCGCACAAAACCUCUUCUACGAUCUCCCUUUGAGCGCAGCGACGGUCAUUCUUAGCACCAUAUCGAUCGGGCUGUUCGGGUAUGGGCUAUGUGGAAUGAUGCGACCGAUCACCGUUUGGCACACGGAGGCAGUAUACUGGAGCACUUUGCCGACCGUGAAGACUUUACAGGGACUACAUUGGCAGCAGGUGAAGAGUUCCAAGCCACUGAGAUAUUUCUGGUAUGCGUUCACGGGCAUGUCACUCUACGAAAUUAUCCCGGCCUACAUCUUCCCGUGGCUGAACUCGGUUUCUAUUCCGUGCCUGGCUGCUCAGAAGGCGACUGGAAACAAAGCUGCCGUGCUAACAAACCUCUUCGGUGGAGCUACGAAUAAUGAGGGUCUUGGCCUUUUCUCUCUCUCUUUCGACUGGCAAUAUAUCACGUCGUUCCAAACAUCCCUGCCUUUGUCACUUCAAGUUCACCAAGCGUUAGGAUUCGGCGCCUGUUUCAUUUUCAUGCUUGCUAUUUACUACGGGAAUGGCUGGGGUGCACGGUCUCUCCCUUUCAUGUCAACAAAGCUGCUCAAUGCCAACGGAACAUCAUAUCCUGUGGAAAGCGUGUUUCCGGGUGGUGUUCUCGAUGAGGCCAAACUGGUUCAACAUGGAACUCCACACCUCACAGGAACAUUUGCCUGGUCGCUAUUUUGCGCGAACGCUGCUAUUGGAGCUCUGAUUGUCCAUUGCAUUCUCUUUUGGGGCAAAGAUAUUCGACGGGCCUACAAUAGUGCAAGGGAAGGCCGAUAUGACGAUCGGCACCAUGAUCACAUGGCCAAACAUUAUAAGGAAACGCCGUGGUGGUGGUAUGCUUUCGUCCUUCUCGGCAGUUUCAUUCUUGGCUUGGUCGUGGUCAUCAAAGAAAACAUCACACUGCCUGUUUGGGCUUACAUCAUCUCACUGGUUGUUGGAAUUAUCAUUGCGCCCUUCAGUACCAUUCUUUACUCACGUUAUGGCAACGGCAUUGCCACCAACAACCUUUCGAAGAUGUUAGCUGGUUUGAUCAUCCCCGGAAAGCCAGUAGGCAAUAUGUACUUUGCUGCCUGGUCCCACAAUGUGAUCUCCAACGCCGUCAAUCUAUCCAAUGACCUCAAAAUGGGCGAAUAUCUUAAAAUCCCUCCUCGAAUCAUGUUUCUGACUCAGAUGUAUGGCACUAUCUUGGGAGGGUUCAUCAACUACGCCGUCAUGAUCUCAAUCGUGACUUCCAAUCGAGAACUGCUGGUUGAUGGCAACGGCAAUUCCUCCUGGAGCGGAGCCACGAUCCAGGCUUAUGUCAGUAAUGCCACUUCCUGGGCUCUCUCACCCUACCUUUACAAGAUUGGCGGCCACUAUGCUCUUGUCCCGAUCGGUAUCGCGGUGGGCGCAGGCGUCGUCAUUGUACAUCGCUUCUUUUAUCAAUUGCUUCCCCGCAUCGGAGGCCUAGAUGUGGCAGAAAUCAACAUGGCCCAGUUCAUCCAAUACGCCGGAUACGUCCCCUACAAUCAGAGCCAGACCUGUGUCAUCUUCAGUUGGAUUCUCUGCGGGUUCUUCAUCCAAUACUUUCUCCGCAAUUAUCACCCACGCAUAUUCAAGGACUAUUCGUACCUUGUGACGGGUGCUUUCGACGGGGCUAGUCUCACCGUGCUCUUCAUUCUAUCCAUGGCAGAGCGUCAGCCUGGACUAGCCCUAAACGGGACACGAAUGACAAAUACUUCAAACGCCAAGACUCUCCGCCACACCUGCGAUGAGUCGAGACCAAGCUGCUCCAGGUGUAGCAAGUUUUCGUAUAGAUGCCAGUAUCAAGCUAUACUUAAUGACGGCAACUUGUCGGAAGAGCAGGAGACCGCCCACCUCACAAUUCCCGAUUUUCACGUCCCACCCACAAGCCCCAGCAUUAUAGCUUCAGGAUCCAGUUCGCCGCCUGCACUCCCAAGUGACCACCUUUCGAUUCCCAGUCCUUCGUCUAUUGAACAACCUGCCUCCUUUUCCGGUUCUGGUACGGAUGAAAAGCGUCUCACGCCGAAUGCGCCAUCUGCCGGUUUUCUCGACGCGACGGAGCUCAGUCUACUGAGCCACUAUAUUUCGCACACUAGCCAGAUCAUCCCUGUCGACGACCUCGAUCUCUAUGCUCUUUCGGUCGGAGUGCCAAAUCUUGCAUUCAACUGCAGAUGCGUAAUGUCGUCCCUAAUCGCCUUGGCUGCAGCUUGCAAGUCGCACGACAUCGCCAAGAACUCCCAGGUUCCAUUGAACACGCAACAGAUAAUCGAGAUCCAAGAACUACUCGCGCUGGCGGAGGUCCAUCACACGGCUUCCCUUCGCCAUAUUCAAGCAGCCGUGCAGAACUUGGACUCAUACGAUCAUAUACUCGCCAACGCGGCAUUGAUGGUCUUAUACGCUUCCGCGAGCCACUCCAUCCGAGUACAUCUCGCGACUACUGCGAAGAGAAGUGGGCAACAGCUACCACAAGGGAUAUUGCCGCAACAUUCACAGUGGAUAUCCUUCACACGUGCGGCACAUAUGGCGUCCAGUGCUGUUCUGAACGAUAUUGUCGAUUCCGCGCACAAUACAUGGACGACCACCACGAGUCCGAUUAUGAAUACAGGGCCGGAGAUACCGAGAGCGGGAGUGUGUAGCUCAGAUCUCUUAUCACCGCAGGACGGCCCUUCGGAGAACACGAAACGCUUGUUUCUCCCUCUAGUUGCAUCUACAUAUAGCCGGGCGCUCGAGGGGCUACGCAGGAGGGUCGAGUCGACAGUGGCUCAAUUAAAAGAAUCAGAACUAGACCCUAGCCAUCGCAUGCAGCUUGACGCAUCUCUGGAAACCAUGUCUGUACUAGAAAGAUGUGCAUUCUCAGCUCUAUCCCCGAGAGAGAAUAAUGCCAACAUCCAGACUUCCACAAACCAGCCUAUAUCGAUCGACCAACUGACCCGGGUUUCACCCUGGGUAGCAAAAUACAUGAUCAGCGUCACAUCAAUGGAGUCCCCGCAGGUACUCAGACGAAUCAUCAUGUCAUUUUUGAACAAAGUGGCAGUCGAGUAUCUCAAUCUCGUCCAAUCGGUCCUCGACUCGCCGUACAUCGAAGGUAGAGCUGACAGCUGGAUGACCCGAGACUCGGAGUCUCCCGGCAGCGAGGUACCGACGCUCAGUGCAACGCAUUUGCUAGCCAUGGACAUCUUUGCUCAUUGGUUGGUUCUGGUCAUGUUACUGGAUGGAGUGUGGUGGAUUGCCGUUAUUGGACAGUGGGAGCUAAGUCAGAUCAUGACAUUGAUGAAGGCUCAGAAUCCGUUGGGUCAGGCAGCUGAUACUGGUGAAACGUGGUGGCCUGAGACUAUGUACUUGGUUAAGCGGGAGCUUACUCCCUAUGGUCGAAAUUGA